CUUUGCGAUGCACUUAGUGCGAAUCAGAAUUCGAAAGUGCGCUUUUUAUUUACAACAGCAGAGACUUUGCAGACUACGCAGUGGAAAAAUGUUGAGGACACUUUUACUCGUGGCAUUCUCCACACUUUUGAUAGCACAGUUCGGUUUGUGCCUACCAAAACCAUCCUCCUCGGAAUCAGCGGAGAGCAAUAACGUUGCGCAGAGCACCCAAACGACAACACCGUUACCGGAAGAAAGCAAUUUACCUAAUGCUCGGCAGAGACUCGAACUACUUGCGUACAAAACAUUGUUGAAUUUUUUAAAUUCUGAGCUGCAAAAAAGCAACCAAUUAGUCAAAGACGUGUUGGCAGAUCCCUCUAUGAAAAAUAUCGACAACGAUGCUAUGGAACACGAAAAAAAUGUACUUCGGAAAUAUGUGAGGGAAUCAGAAGAAUCGUUAGUUGCUACUUUGCCUUCCAACAAAAACGAUCACGAAAAUCGCUUGGUGUUUGCAUUUGAGAAAACUGUUGUACUUGGCAGUCUGCACCAAUUUGUGCCACGACUUUAUUCAGAUACGGAGGAACUAACACCAGAACAACAGAUUACUUGGGACGCUUUGAAGAAGCAUGGAUUUCUUGAGUACCGUACGGAGUUAGAUAAGCUUAAACAAGAAUUUAUGUGUAAUUGGGCUGAUGAGUUUGAUAAUUUUAUGAAAACACUUUCCGCAGCCGAAAAAGAGAGGGCGAAAGAUAUGGUGGAGGCAUGGAACGGGUACACGAAAAACGAGUUUGGAUUGAGCAAGGAUCAAUUGGGACAACAUUUGUUCACAAAACUAUUCAAUUUUGAUUCUGAUACUGUUCACGAAAUGGCACAAAAGGGAAAUAAAUAAAUAUCUUAAAUAAAAUUUUACUUAAGACAAUCUCUGUUUAUAAAGAUAUAAGUAGAGGUAAAAUAAAUCGGUUAUUUGUUAAAUUGAG